AUGACUACUCGAUCGAGCGUUUCGGUGCCUGGGCUUCCGGGGUAUCUGGCACCCCGACGCCAGAAGCGGGUCCAGGUGGCUAGGGCAUGCGAUGAAUGCCGACUCCGACGCAGGAAAUGCGACAACAAAAUUCCUUGUUCAAACUGUACGGCAAAGGCACGAACAUGCAGUAACAGUGGAGCGCCCAAAGCAUCAACGCUUACUCAAGCCUCCGAGGAGAUUGAGUGGCUCAAGCAGAAAGUCCAGCAGCUAGAAGCAGAGCUCGAACAGCGGUCCAACGAGGGCAAUAAUCUUCCCACGCCAACAGGGUCUUCAUCAUCGCCACCUCGGGUCUUUUCAUUUGCAAGGAAAUCUGAAAUCGUCGACUCGGGUGAUUUGAAAAAAUACUGGGGCGGCAUACAGCUUCGCCCUGCGAGAUCAUCCAAUGAUACAUGGCUUGGCCCGUCAUCACUGCAUUCUUUCAUCCAGCGUCUCAGCGUGUUUCUGAGUCUCAGUCUUCAACAGACACAUUCUGCAAAUAAGUUAUUUCCCAUCUCAGCCAGCGAUAGCAAAUUACUGGACAGACCAGCAGGUCCCGACAUAGACCCAGUCCGUCGGCUGGUCUCAACGGGGAAACUCUCCACUGCUGGUUUCAAGAAGCAUUACCAGUCUCUAUGGGUGUCUGGUGGCAAAGAACGAAAGCCAUCAGCUCUCGUCGAUAUCAUCAUUGCCAUGUGCAUGCAAUAUGGCAUUUCAACCCUACCCUUAGACACCCAGGGGUUCCUCGUAGAAGGCCAAGAUGCCUUGGUUGCCGGCCGAUGGCACUUUUGGCGUGGGCAGACACUGCUCACAUACGAGCUUGAAAGUCCCUCGCUAUCAACCCUGCAAUCCCAUCUACUCUGUUCAGUCUAUCUGUGCGGUGGGUCUUUCCACAAUAUGCUGGACAAUUCCAUCGGUCAAGCUGUGCGCACCGCUUACGCCCUGGGCCUUCAUUUGGACCCCUCGCCGAGCAUGCCUGAGCAAGACCGCGAGAUGCGGAGACGCUUAUGGUGGGCGGUCUAUCUUAUGGAUAGCAAAGCCGGAAUGAAGCUCGGUCGCCCCUUCAUGCUGCGUGAUUCUCAUGUUAUGCCGUGCUUACCAAGCGACAGCUUUGAGGCUGCAAGGAUGUCGGGAUCCGCUUUUGCACCCAUUGGCGACAUUUCUACGUGGCUGAGUUUUAACCUCCAGCAGACCGAGCUAUACAUCAAAGCACGAGCUGCCUACACGAGCUACUAUGACCAGGAACUUAACUUGCGGGAUGGUCAGGCGAUAUGGGAUGAUUCUCAUGCCCUCCAAGCCAGCGCAGAAGUUUUGUUCCCGCAUAUUCAGAUCCUCCAAGAAUGGACCGACAGCGUACCAGAGGCUCUAAAGUUGAAGCGUCAAAACAAUGGCAAUCCUCUUUCCACGGAUGGCACACGCCUGUCACUUGAGCAGUUUGCUCCACUCUGGCUCCAACGGCAGCGUGUUCUCCUGGAACACUCAUAUCACCACCUCAGCAUCAACCUAUACCGACCGCUGAUCUCCUUCUCUUCCAAGCCGUCGCCAGGAUCUCGAGCGGAGGAGAUCGCUAUGCGCUGUGCUUCCCAUGCUAUCAUGCUAUCGAAGAUUACGCAACAGGUCCUUGCAGAUACUUCCAUCCUCGAUGGGUGGCAUGAGGCUUUCCACUGCCAAUGGAAUGCAGCUAUGACGCUCAUUGGCUUUCUCAUGGUGUAUCCGGAUGCAUCGUUGACCAUUGAAGCCAGAAACGCGAUCGACCUAGCAGUCGCUGUAUUUGAUAACUUCGGUGCCAAGUUUGCUGUCGCAGCGAAUGCAGCCAAGAUUAUGCGAGAUCUAUGCACCAAGGUUGAUUUUCUGGCAAAGCAUAGCCAGUCCCAGCGUGAUUCUUUGGAUGGCCUCCAUACUAUCUCUAUGGAUGGUUCUAUCCCGCAAGAUCUUUCUUUUGACUCUUCCCUAAAUUCAACACUAAGAGAUUGGAGCUCAUACGCGAAUGACCUUACUGCACCAGAUUUGAGCUUGUUCGACAUGGCUGUUGAUGUUGACUUCUGGAAUAACCUUGAUGCGCUAUGGCCGGAAGCUGACAAUUUGUCUCAAUACCAAUCGGAGAUCUGA